AUGCAGCAAAAAGUGCUCAAAUUGGGUAUGCGAAGCAACUCCGCAGCUGCAAUUGAAUCCUCCAGCCCCCUACAGCGUGCUGCUCUAGAAAACAAGCCCAGUGUCGUAUCUGAGCUAAUUAAAGAAGGCGCCAAUAUUAACGAGAAAUUCGCCAAGGGCUGGACAGCACUGCAUAUUGGCUCUGCUCACAAUUACCGCAAUGUUGUGGGUGUAUUAUUGGAGCACAACGCGGAUCCCGAGCUGGGUUUGCCCAACAGUUCAACAGCUCUCCACAUCGCAUCCACCAAUGGACACCACAAGGUCAUGGAAGUGCUAUUAUGCCACAGAGCCAGACUGGAUGUGAAAUGA